UCCAAGCGGAGAAAUUCUGAACUGCAGGCAAGCCGCCAAAGUCCCAAUGGAUGCCAAGCUACUCCGACUUCUGGCUAACCCCGAGUGCUGCUCCUUUAGCGUUUAUGUGGGCAAGUACAAGUUUCAAUGCCAUCUGCAGGUCCUGCAGGCGCAUUCCAGGUUCUUCCAGGACCUUGCCGAUGCAUCAGAUACCCUCACUGCCCACUUGCCCAGCAACAUGGUGACACCGACGGCCUUCCACGUCAUCUACAACUGGAUGCUGGACCUCACGAAGAGCCUGAAGGCAGGCUGCUCCCUGGUGGAGCUGUACAGCGCAGCCUUCUUUAUGAAGAUCGAUGAGCUGGUGGAGUACGCCUUCGCUUGCUUCAACGAGAGCUCCAUCUGCGGAAGCCUGGCCUUCGAACUGUUCCUCGAGGCGCAGAGGUUUGCGAUCCACACACUCCAACUGCUGCUGCUAUCCCGCAUCGAGGUGUUCUUCCUGCCCCUGGUGGCCUCCAAGGACUUUGUGGAACUGGACAUUAAAUGGGUGCUGGAUCUGCUGGGCACCCAAACUGUGGGCGUGAACAGUGAAAUCGAGAUCUUCAUGAGUGCAGUUCGCUGGCUCAGUCAUGACUGGACCGGACGGAAGGUGCACAUGGAGAGGAUUAUGGACUGCGUCCGGUUCUGCCUGCUACCUCCGCUCUUCCUGCGGUUCCUGCAGGGGGAGCACCAGACCCUGGUGCUGAGCAGCAUUUGCCAGAGCCCCAAAGUCAGGGAGCGAGUCAACAAGGCCUUCGUGUACACCUCCUCCGAACUCUGCGAUCUGACAAAGGGCGUCAUCAGCCUGGUCAAGGAAUUAAGCGCCCCGGUGCAGCGGAAGUGGAUAUUCGACAGUCGCUGCUCCUACCACCGAAACCCAGGUGGAAACCAGGGUCAGUUCUUCACCUAUCAGCAAUUCCUCAACUACCUGGAGUCGCUCCACCAAUCGCUGCCCGAGCAUGGCUCCUAGGUCACCGGGGUCUUAGCCAAAUCCCAAUCCCCUUCCCCAUUCCAAUCCCUCUCCAAGCCAAGCCGAAAACGCAAUGUGAAAGCCAGAAGGAAGUGUGCCGCAAUGCUCCGCCAGUCGCCUCUCAAUGAGGCAGCUCCAAAGAGUCCCCAAAGCGCCUUCACUGGACCGCUGCUUGCAUGCGAUUAUAAUGGCUCGUUUUGGUUUUGGCAAACAGAGUCAACAGAGAUUUGGCAACCAGAAAGACAACAGCCAGCUUAGCGGCUUGACUUAACAAUGGCCAAAGCGCUGGCGGAUUAAGUGGAGUGCCUUUAUAACUAAUUAGGUAAUGCGCAGCCGUUUGCAGGGGAACCUAUUCAUCAGGCAUUCGUAUCUAUUUAUAAAUAAAUUUGUAA